CAGUAAGUUUACAAUAAAUGUUUGUUGAUAAAUAUUUUCAGUCCCAGGCUCUCGGUCUUGGUGUAAAAACUUAAGAGGGUGAUUAAAUGGACAGAAACUAAUUUAGCGACAUUGAGGCCAUACGUCAGAUAUUUGUGAGAGGGCAUGACAAUGUGAGCAGUUUGCAACUUGAUAAAUGAGGGAUUGAUUACAUGUUGAAUCAUCGAUGAGUAAAAAACUGCCUCACCUGCGGUUUCAGAGCUUCCAACAUGGGGCUCACCAAGCAGUACCUUCGCUAUGUUGCCAGCGCAGUCUUUGGCCUCAUUGGCAGCCAGAAAGGCAAUGUUGUCUUUGUGACGCUUCGUGGGGAAAAGGGCCGUUACGUGGCAGUGCCAGCCUGUGAGCACGUUUUCAUCUGGGACUUGCGAAAAGGAGAGAAGAUCCUUAUCCUUCAGGGGCUUAAACAAGAAGUCACUUGCUUGUGCCCCUCCCCAGAUGGGCUGCACUUAGCUGUUGGUUAUGAGGAUGGGUCUAUUCGAAUCUUCAGUCUCCUGAGUGGGGAAGGAAAUGUAACCUUCAAUGGACACAAAGCAGCCAUCACUUCCUUGAAGUAUGAUCAGCUGGGAGGCAGGCUGGCAUCUGGGUCCAAGGACACAGAUAUUAUUGUGUGGGACGUGAUCAAUGAAAGCGGCCUCUACCGUCUAAAGGGGCACAAGGACGCCAUCACACAAGCUUUGUUCCUACGAGAAAAGAACCUGCUAGUCAGCAGUGGGAAAGAUACCGUGGUGAAAUGGUGGGACCUUGAUACCCAGCACUGCUUCAAAACGAUGGUUGGCCACCGAACUGAGGUGUGGGGAUUGGUUCUGGUGUCAGAAGAAAAGCGACUCAUCACGGGGGCUGCGGACAGUGAGCUGAGGGCCUGGGACAUAGCCUACCUGCAAGAGAUUCAAGAUCUAGAAGAACCAGAGCCCAAGAAAAUCAAGGGGUCGUCCCCUGAAGUACAGGACACACAUGAAGCCGAGAAUGGUGCCCUCGAGGUUGACGAGGCUCCUGAGGAUCGCAUCCUCACCUGCAGAAAAGCUGGCUCCAUCCUGCGGGAAGGAAGGGACAGAGUUGUGAACCUCUCGACCGACAAAACAGGCAGAAUGCUUGCUUGCCAUGGAACUGACUCUGUGCUGGAAGUGUUCUGCAUCCUUUCCAGGGAAGAGAUUCAGAAGAAAAUGGAUAAGAAGAUGAAGAAGGCCAGAAAGAAAGCCAGAUUAAACUCUGGCAAAGGGGAGGAGGAAGACCUGGAAGUCAGUGUUGAAAUGACUCUGCAAGAUGAAAUCCAGCGGGUGGCAAACAUCAAAACAUCUGCCAAAAUCAAAUUGAGGACAUUUCAAAGCCUUUGUCCUAGAAAAAAAUUAACUGUGGGAGCUGAGACGUUUACGAAUAUUUCCACAUGCAGAUCCUUUGACCUGAUCCUCUCACCGCAAGGAGAGUUAAAGGCUGUCUUCCUGCUGCAGAACAACUUGGUGGAAUUGUAUUCACUGAGCCCGUCAGCGCCUGCCCCUCAGCCUGUGAGGACGAGCAGGGUCACCCUCGGGGGCCAUCGCAGUGACGUGCGGACUUUGUCCUUCAGCUCCGACAAUAUCGCUGUCCUCUCCGCGGCAGCCGACUCCAUUAAGAUUUGGAACAGGUCUACACUGCAGUGUAUCCGCACAAUGACCUGCGAAUACGCGCUUUGCUCAUUCUUUGUACCUGGUGAUAGGCAGGUGGUCAUCGGAACAAAGACAGGACGGCUGCAGCUGUAUGACUUGGCCUCGGGGACCCUGCUGGAGACAGUGGAUGCCCAUGACGGGGCUCUGUGGUCCAUGUCUCUCUCUCCAGACCAGCGUGGCUUUGUGACAGGUGGUGCAGAUAAGUCUGUCAAGUUCUGGGAUUUUGAGCUGGUGAAAGAUGAAAACAGUACCCAGAAGAGGCUUUCUGUGAGGCAAACCCGAAUCCUGCAGCUGGAUGAAGACGUUCUGAGUGUCAGGUACUCACCCCAUCAGAACCUGCUGGCUGUGUCUUUGCUUGACUGCACUGUGAAGAUUUUCUAUGUCGACACCUUAAAGUUUUUCCUCUCACUGUAUGGUCACAAACUGCCUGUUAUAUGCAUGGACAUCUCUUAUGACGGAACACUGAUAGCAACCGGCUCUGCCGACAGGAAUGUGAAAAUCUGGGGUUUGGACUUCGGGGACUGUCACAAGUCUCUCUUCGCACACGAUGACAGUGUGAUGUACCUACAGUUUGUCCCCAAGUCUCACCUCUUUUUCACCGCCGGGAAGGACCGGAAGAUCAAGCAGUGGGACGCGGACAAUUUUGAGCACAUACAGACUCUGGAGGGGCACCACCAGGAGAUAUGGUGCUUGGCUGUAAGCCCCAAUGGAGACUACGUCGUGUCAUCGUCCCAUGACAAAUCUCUGAGACUUUGGGAGAGAACAAGGGAGCCUCUUAUUCUUGAGGAGGAGAGGGAAAUGCAAAGGGAAGCAGAAUAUGAGGAGAGUGUGGCCAAAGAAGACCAACCAGCAGUUCCAGGGGAGACUCAAGGAGAAAAUUACUUUACUGGAAAGAAAACUAUUGAAACAGUCAAAGCCGCUGAGAGGAUCAUGGAGGCUGUGGAACUAUACCGAGAAGAAAGUGCAAAAAUGAAAGAACACAAAGCCAUUUGUAAAGCUGCAGGGAAAGAGGUUCCUCUCCCCACCAACCCCAUCCUGAUGGCUUACGGCAAUAUUUCUCCUUCAGCUUACGUGUUGGAGAUUUUUAAAGGAAUCAAGUCAAGUGAGCUGGAGGAGUCGCUCCUGGUGCUGCCCUUCUCCUACGUCCCCGACAUCCUGAAACUCUUCAACGAGUUCAUCCAGUUGGGCUCUGAUGUUGAACUUCUGUGCAGGUGCCUCCUCUUCCUCCUCAGGAUUCACUUUGGGCAGAUCACUAGCAACCAAAUGCUUGUGCCAGUGAUUGAGAAAUUAAAGGAGACAACUAUUUCAAAAGUCAGCCAAGUCCGGGAUGUCAUCGGCUUCAACCUGGCGGGUCUGAACUUCCUCAAGAGGGAGUGCGAGGCAAAAAGUGAAGUGAUGUUUUUCGCUGAUGCAACCAGCCACUUGGAAGAGAAGAAGAGGAAGAGGAAAAAGAGGGAGAAGCUGAUUUUAACACUCACCUAGAACUGAAAUGUGGUGCUUUUUCUACUUUU